AUGACUAAGAUCUUCCCUCUUCUCCUCGCCGCUCUGGCAGGAUCUGUAAUUGCCAGCCCUGCUGCACCCGUUGUUACUCAGGCUCCUUCUCUCGACAAGCGGGCGGGAGCUACUUGCACCUUCACGGGCACAGCCGGUGCCGCCUCGGCCAGUGCUCAGCAGAAGAAUUGUGCAACCAUUGUUUUGAGCAACGUUGCUGUUCCCUCUGGUACUACUCUUGACCUCAGUGACUUGAACGACAACACUCAUGUCAUCUUCAAGGGAACUACCACCUGGGGCUACAAAGAAUGGGCCGGUCCUCUCCUCCAAAUCGCCGGAACGAGCGUCACCGUUGAAGGUGCCAGUGCUACCUUGGAUGCUGGAGGUGCUCGAUGGUGGGACGGCAAGGGCACUGAUGGAAAGGUCAAGCCCAAGUUCUUCUUUGCUCAUGGCUUGACCUCGUCGGUUAUCAAUAACCUCCACAUCCUGAACACCCCCCUCAUGGCUGUCAGCAUUUCUAACGUCGCUGGCCUGGCCGUUAACAACAUUAUCAUUGACAGUAGCGCCGGUGACUCUGCUGGAGGUCACAACACCGAUGGAUUUGAUAUUGGUGAUAGCUCCAGUGUCACAAUCACCAAUGCCAAGGUGUACAACCAGGAUGACUGCGUUGCUGUCAACUCCGGAACCGAUAUCACCUUCACUGGCGGCCUUUGCUCGGGUGGCCACGGUCUAUCAAUCGGCAGCGUUGGUGGCCGUUCCAACAACGUAGUGAAAAACGUCAAGUUCCUGAGCAGUACAGUUCAGAAAUCUGUUCAAGCCAUCCGAAUCAAGACUGUGUCUGGCGCCACUGGCUCCGUGUCCGGCGUGACCUAUGAUGGCAUCACGAUGUCAGGUAUUUCCAACUACGGAAUAAUCAUCGAGCAGAACUACAGCGGAGGUGACCUUAAGGGCGACGCCACCAGCGGCGUCCCGAUCACCGGUCUCACCAUCUCUAACAUUAUCGGCACCGGCAGUGUUGCUUCCAGUGGCUACAACAUUGUCCUUGUUUGCGGUACCACCGGCUGCUCCAACUGGACUUGGUCCAAGGUCGCUGUUACUGGUGGCAAGUCUUACGGCGGCUGCAAGGCUUAUCCCAGCGUCGCCUCUUGCUAA